AACCCUAUCUGCUUUUUCUGUAAAGUAUGUAAUUAUGAACGUAUUUUUUACUUUUGUAUGCCAAUAGAUUUGCACAUUCUAAUUUUGCAUCGAAAUGUGUCUUACAUUGGUCAGUAAAAAUCAAACUGGGCUAUACUAAGGAUUUUUCAUUCCACAUCAACUUGCGAUAGCCAUGAUAAAUGAAGGUGUAAAUUCUUCGAUUGAAGGUAACUUCUUAUCUGCGCUUCACACACUCAAGUUCACCACCUCUGCCAAAGAUGCUUUUGAAACGGUUACAACUGAACGCAGGUGCCUGGCUGCUAAGUACCUGGGUGCUAAGACAUUUGAAAGUGAUGAUAUGGCCAAUCUUUUGCUUAAAAAUAAUCUGGAAGCCUACCAUCGACUCAUAGACGACAAGGCAAACGUAAACAAUUAUUGGUCGCAGGUUGAAACAUUGAGAGGUAACAGAUCCGAGGAGAAUGUGAAUUGGAAGUCUGGACUUGACGAUCCAAACGUUGCUCUGCAAUUCGUAAAACCUUUGGUGUGUCGGAAAGAUAAUUUGCUAGACUGCAAAAGUAAUGAGUUUACUGAUCGUCAUGUCAAGGAUAUUCUUGAUAUUUGGAAUACCAAGGAUCCAGUUUCAAGGAAUCGAAAAGUACCAGCUCAGGUUGUACCUAAUAGCUCUGGAAAAAUCGGAAGUUUUAUCCCCUCGAAGCACCAAAGUUUCAAACAUGAAACGAGCAGCUCUUAUGCUGAUAGUAAAAAUCAGGUUGGGUCCUAUAAAGUCGGGGAUUACCCGAAACAGGAUUCUAAUGAUGUUUUGAGUUUCCCCAAUCCUUCCAACAGAGAUGACCAGCAUCAGUCUUCAUAUUUUACAAAUAAAUUGAAUUUCGGAGCACUCAAUCAGAAUACCAAUCUCACCAAGAGAAAUUAUAAUGCAUAUAACGAGCCAGAAUUUCGGCGUGAUAAUCGUUCAGCUUAUUCCAGGCAUGAAACUGCCACCAAUUCAAGUCAGGACGAAGUGAAUGAAACAUGUCAUAAAAAGGGAAAUCCUCAGUCGUUCAGGACCGCCAAAGAAGAACUUCACAUACAACAGUUAAAAAAGAACAAGGUCGUACCUCAAAAAAAAACUUUGGGUGGCAAACGACCUCUUAACAGUCAAUUUAUUUGCCCAAUUAAGCGAAAGGAAGAAGAAGAUGAGGAAAGUAAGAGUAAUGGUGGAAGUCAAGAAAUGGAUGACUGCGAAGAUGAGAGGUUGAAAAACAUUGAUCCGAAAAUGGUGGAAUUAAUAAAAAAUGAAAUUAUGGACUCGGGUGCACCUGUUUCUUGGGACGACAUUGCAGGGCUGGAAUUUGCUAAAAACACCAUUAAAGAAAUCGUUGUUUUCCCUCUACUGAGGCCUGACAUCUUUACAGGAUUGCGCCGACCUCCCAAAGGCAUUUUGCUUUUCGGACCACCUGGAACAGGUAAAACGCUAAUAGGUAAAUGCAUAGCAUCUCAAAGCAAGUCAACUUUUUUCUCAAUUUCUGCAAGUUCAUUAACAUCCAAGUGGAUAGGAGAAGGAGAAAAGAUGGUCCGAGCGUUAUUUGCUGUUGCAAGGGUUUAUCAACCUUCGGUUGUCUUUAUAGACGAGAUUGAUUCUUUGUUGACUCAACGAUCCGAGACAGAGCACGAAAGUUCUAGACGAAUUAAGACUGAAUUUUUGGUACAGUUGGAUGGCGCAGCAACAGCGGAAGAAGAUCGCAUUUUGGUAAUAGGUGCUACUAAUAGACCUCAAGAGCUGGAUGAGGCUGCUCGCAGAAGAUUGGUCAAACGUUUGUACGUUCCUUUACCAGAAUUUGGGGCCAGAAGUCAGAUAAUAAAAAAUCUACUACAUUCCGAGCGGCACAACUUAACGCUUGACGAUAUAUCAGAAAUUGCGAGGCUUUCAGAAGGAUAUUCUGGAGCUGACAUGACUAAUCUUUGCAAAGAAGCCAGUAUGGGACCAAUCAGAAGUAUACCGUUCCAUCAGUUGGAAAACAUACGAGAGGAUGAUGUUCGAGGAGUAACUGCAGACGAUUUUAAAAAUGCGCUGAGCUACGUUAAAUCUAGCGUUUCACAAUCGGAUUUGACUACAUAUGUGAUGUGGGAUCAGACGUAUGGAACGGGUACAGCACAAAAGUACAGAUCGUAAUGUAUGGAAACUACAGUCGAAGCGACUGAGAAUUAAGUCAAUGGAAUUCUUGUACUCUUGGUUUAAUGAUAAUUAAUAAAACAUUUCUUGUGAUACCCUAUUUACUCAUAUAUUUACUAAUUGUUUAUUCUUAAUUAGACUGCAGAUAAUGAUACCUGAUAUGAUAUGAACAUAGUAAAUACGAUUAUAAAUAGUUGCAAAUACAAUAUGAUUGAAAAUAUCAUCAAU